AUUUCUACUUUGUGUUCCUUUUAUUGCGCACUUCCCGCCCUCUAUGCUUUAAACUCCAAACAAGAAAAAAUGAACUAUUUUCCCUCCACCAUUCUCCUCCUUACACUUCUCAUCUCCACCACCAUCUACGGCGGUGCUAACAACGACACCGCCGCCCUCCUCCUCUUCCGAUCCCAAACCGACAUCCACGGUACUCUCCUACACAACUGGACCGUGCCAACCAACUCCACAACUGCAUGCACAGCGCAGUGGCUGGGCGUAAAAUGCAUAAACAACCGCGUAUCUUCUCUAAUUCUUCCUUCAUUCAAUCUCCGAGGACCUAUUACCGCGCUCUCUUCAUUACCUCUCCUUCGGCUUCUUGACCUUCGUAACAACAGGUUGAAUGGAAGUAUCAAACCUAUCACACAAUGUAGCAAUCUUAAGCUCGUUUAUCUAUCAGGUAAUGACUUUUCGGGGGAAAUUCCAUUGGAAGUUUCCUGCCUGCAUCGCCUCUUACGCCUUGAUGUCUCUAACAACAAUCUCAUUGGUCCAAUUCCGAUACAGAUAUCCAAUCUUUCGAGGUUGAUCACGCUUCGUUUAGAGAACAAUGAACUUACUGGGAACAUUCCAAAAUCUUUGAGUUCUCUUGAAAGUCUUAAAGAGUUGAAUGUAUCGAAUAAUGAGCUCAAUGGGGUUGUUCCAAAUGGUUUAUAUGAUCGUUUUGGCGAAAAAAGCUUCGAAGGGAAUGAGGGGUUAUGUGGAAUUGGGAGUUUACCACAAUGUGAGGGAUCAGCAGAAGGGAGAACAGUUCCUUCAAAUCCAAGUUCUUUUCCUGCAACAAUAGAAGAACCUCACGAGAAGAAAGCGCGAAAAGGGUUGAGUAAAGGAGGGGUAGUCGCGAUAAUAAUGGUAAACGUAGUGGCAUUGUUGGUUAUAGUUUCGUUUAUGGUAGCGUAUUACUGCGGCAAGUAUUCAAGGGAGAGUAGUUUUUCAAUGUCAGGUAGUGAAGUUGGGAAGAGGAGGAGUAGUUAUUCCAGCGAAAAGCGCGCUUACGCUAACAAUGCAGGUGGUGAUAGUGAUGGUACAACAGCUACUGAUAAGAGUAAACUCGUGUUUUUCGAUAGGAGGAAGCAAUUUGAGCUUGAAGAGUUGUUAAGAGCAUCAGCUGAGAUGCUUGGUAAAGGGUGUUUAGGAACUGUGUAUAAAGCUGUUCUUGAUGAUGGGAUUGUUGUUGCUGUGAAGAGAUUGAAAGAUGCAAAUCCAUGUGGAAGACAGGAGUUUGAGAAGUAUAUGGAUGUUAUUGGGAAGAUUAAGCAUCCAAAUAUGGUGAAACUUAGAGCUUAUUAUUAUGCUAAAGAAGAAAAAUUGCUUGUUUAUGAUUAUAUGCCUAAUGGGAGUUUGCAUUCACUUCUUCAUGGACACAGAGGACCAGGGAGAAUUCCAUUGGAUUGGACAACAAGAAUUAGCUUGGUACUUGGUGCAGCUAGAGGACUAGCUCACAUUCAUGAAGAGUAUACAGAUUCAAGAAUCCCACAUGGGAAUGUGAAAUCAUCCAAUGUAUUACUUGACAAAAAUGGAGUAUCAUGUAUAUCUGAUUUUGGGUUGUCAUUGCUUUUGAAUCCUGUUCAUGCCAUAGCUAGAUUAGGAGGAUACAAAGCACCCGAACAAGCCGAAAUCAAGAGGCUAUCUCAGAAAUCUGAUGUUUAUAGCUUUGGUGUACUGUUAUUAGAAGUGUUGACAGGUAAACCUCCCUCUGAGUACCCUUCACCGACUAGACCUCGCGUUGAUGAGGAAGAGUUAGCGGUCGAUUUGCCUAAAUGGGUUCGAUCAGUAGUGAGGGACGAGUGGACUGCUGAAGUGUUUGAUCAAGAACUGUUGAGGUACAAGAACAUCGAGGAGGAAUUGGUGUCAAUGCUGCAUGUAGCUAUGGCUUGUGUAGUGUCACAACCCGAAAAAAGACCUAAUAUGGUACAAGUUGUUAAGUUGAUCGAGGAGAUUCGAGUUGAACAAUCUCCAUUAGGCGAAGAUUAUGAUGAAUCGCGUAACUCUCUUUCCCCUUCUGUUGCCACUACCGAAGAUGGACUCCCCGGUUACUAAUUUUCGAGCAUCCUCAGAGGGGUAAUCCUCCUUGUCAUUGGUGUUUUUAUCUUCAAAUUUGCAGCAUCUUGCUGCAAAAUUGGCAUGUUCAAAUGUCAUGGACUUAUGUUUUACUCUACUAUGUUAACUAGUAGUUAUUUGGUUGCUUUGUGUUGUUCUAAUGUAAUGUCAAUUCUUUGUAUUUAAUUCAUUUUCAAUAUUUGUGUU